GUGAUACAAACAGGCGUCAUUUUGUAAGCUCGGCAAACGCUCAGAGUGAGACGAAAUCCCCCCAGAAAAGCAAAGUCAGUCCAGAUUCCCAAGACAAUAAACCGCAAGACCAACCGUUAUCGUCCGAAAGGAAAGGGAAUCUUAUCGUAUGUCCGCUAUCCAGAACCUCCAAACCUUUGACCCCUUUGCUGAUGCAACUAAGGGUGAUGAUCGGCUCCCUGCUGGGACUGAGGACUACAUCCACAUAAGAAUCCAACAGCGGAACGGGCGGAAGACUCUGACCACGGUUCAGGGCAUAGCCGACGACUAUGAUAAAAAGAAGCUAGUCAAGGCCUUCAAGAAGAAAUUUGCCUGCAAUGGGACUGUGAUCGAGCACCCUGAGUAUGGUGAAGUAAUUCAGCUGCAAGGUGAUCAGCGCAAGCACAUUUGCCAGUUUCUCACCGACAUUGAACUGGCCAAAGAGGAGCAGCUCAAAGUCCACGGGUUCUAGAAGCUGCUUUGAACGGGCCCUUCCCCUCCCCCAACACUUUACCCUAUUGCUGUGGUGCUGUUACCCAUCCCAGCAGCGCCCCCCUUCAAGGAAAAAAGCUGAAAAUGAUUACCUCACAUCUGAGACUUUUAGUAUUGCACCUGCAAAAUGUCAAGUCCUGUUCAACAAUGGACAGACAUCAUUUGUGUUCCUUGUCCCAUCCUUUAGUCCUUUUUAAUUUCUUGUGCUGCUCGUAAGUGUAAUUCUGUGUAACUUUUUCUCUUUGUUUUGUACGAGGCAUUUCAAUAAAACCUUCACAUUUGCACAACUUUUAAGUUAAUGGGCGGGGAGCAGACAAGGCUGUUUAAGAUUGUUUUCUUAGCUCCUGUUUUCUUAGCUCCUGUUUUAAAUGUCACCAUACCGAACCUGCAUUUCAGUUAUGAUGUGGGUCUGCCUGCUUCAGGGUUAUAUUGGAAAGCAUGGAAACCCCAUCUUGUCUCUAAUAUGCAUCUCUAACUGCCUUUUUAACCCUUAUUUUUCACAAUAUGCAUAAUUUAAAUUUUUGUAGACUUGUAAUAUUUGUUGUUUUUGGUCUGGAAUAAACAAUAUCCCAUAAUUUGGUCCACUGUUUUAAACAAU